AUGAGUUCAAAUAGACUUCGAGAGAUGAGAGAGAACUUUCAUUCAGAAUUGAGAAAGAGAACUUUAGAAUAGACAUUUAAAUUGAAGAGAUUAGUUAAUAACCCAGUAAAACAUUAUCCAAUUGAAUAAUUAAUUGAUAUAGUGGAUAAGUUGAUGAGAUUUGAAGAAUUGAACGAUGAAGAAUAUUAAAUAAUGGUAUCAAUUUUAGAUGAUGUUCAAUCAACUGCUAUAAAUGAUCCAUCUUAAUUUUGUGAAUGGGCAGAACAUUUAAGAAUAAUCAAAACAUUGGUUGAUUCUAUGUGUUUAGGUUCUGAUCCAAAAUAUUCUGUGAUUGCUACAAAAGCAGCAAAUUGUUUUAGAUAAUUAGUUAAGUAGAAAAAGUCAAGGAUCUAUGUAAAUGAACAUUUUGAUUAAGUUUGUGAGAUUUACAAAUCUUGGAUAGAUUCUGAUUCAAGUUUAUUGAAAGAUAAUGUAUAAAUUAAUGUAAAUAUUGUUAAUAGGGAUUAAGAGGUUUAAAUUAAUUAGUAGAAUUGCAUUCACCAAAAUUCUCGAAAUAUGAUAUAAUUGAAAGUGUUUUAAAGUCUUUAUAAGUGAAUAGAAAUAAUGAUAAGGCACUAAGAAUAUUAGCAAGUAUUACAAAGAGUAUUGAUGAUGAUAAUUAAGUAAUUGCUAUUUUGAGAAUUGCCUCAAAAUUGAUUGAAAGUGUAGAUAAUAACUGUAAUUGAUAUUUUUUAAUUAAUUAGUAAAAGAAAAAGGUUUAAUGAUACUUGAGAAUGCUAGUAGAAACAUCUAGAAUAUUUAAUUUAUUUUGACUAUGAGAAUAAUGUAAACUAUCAUGAACCUAAUUUUUAAUAAAGAUAAAAAUAUCUCAAAAUUGUCUCUAUCAAUUUUAGUAAAUUUGUCAUUCACAUCAGAAUUUGAUGAAUGUGCUAAAAUGUUGGAUUUAGGAAUAAUGGAUGCACUCUAUAAAUUACUUAAGAAUACAUAAUAUACAUAUUAUAGAAUUUAUGGAAGCAUGAUAUUUAAUAAUUUAAUGGCUUCUUCUCAUUUAAAUUUAGAUUAGAUAAUUUCAAAUUAAAAAUUAUUAGAUGUUGUAUUUGAUUUAUUAGAAAAUGAUGUUGUAGAUGUUAGAAGAGAAAUCUAUUAGGCAUUUAAAAACUUUUUAGUUGUUUGUACAAAGAAAUAAUUAAUAAUUAUGAUUGAUUCUGGUUUGUUGGAUUAUGAAAUUUAAGGUUUAGAUGACAUUGAUAAUAAUAUAGUAUUUUUAUCUUUAGAAAGUAAUAUAUUUAUUAAAUUAAAUUAGCAUUGGCAUUAAUAAUGAAAUAAUUUUAAUCAAGUGAAUAUGAAGUCUAAGUUUAUUUAUACUUUUUAAAAAAGAAUGUUCCUAAUAAACUUUUGAAUUUGAACCAUAAUUCUAAUGUUGAAAAGAUAAGUAAUUUAGUUUAACAGCUUCUAAAAGAGUUUAAUGAGUUUAAAGAGCUUAAAGAAUUUAAAGAGUUUAAAGAGUUAUAUGACUAUGAUUAUUGA